AUGGCUCUUUGGGAAGGUAAGUACUUGACAAUUUAUCAGCCGAUGUUAGAAUAUUGUUUCAACGUUGUUAUUUAGGUAAUAAUAGAAUAACUUUGAAGAGCUCGGUUUGUCAACGUCUGCUCAGCUCCGCGGCAUCACGUGCUCCGACCCAAGAUGGUGAGUUUGACUGGCGCGUUGGGUAGUAGCCUAGUUCAUUGAUGGGUCCCAGUAUACAUGUGAAAUAGAAUGUGAAAUGAAUUAACACCAGUGCUGAAUGUGAUUGCCAUGUGAUGAGAAGAGAAUGCAGAGGCAGAUUCUGUGUGUUUUGCUCAUCUCAGCAAAGGCCUGGAGAAUGGAUGGGCCGACAACCUGAUGACACUGCAGCAGUAGUGCAGUAGCCUGGUGGGAAGUCAGUUCAUGUUGUCUGUGCAGCCAGGCUGCAUCUGCAAGAUUAGAGCUGCAACCUGUACGUACCAGAGCAAGCUUUGUCUGCAGAACUAUAGUCUGCAAGAGAUGGAACAAUCUAUACAUUUUGAAAUGAUGUGACUGACUGUACAGCUAAACAACAGCAUAGACUGAAAGAGGAAGAAGGCUGCUGUUUUUUUCCAUCUCUGUUGCUUAAUAUCUGAUUUAGUACCACUCUUGCAACAGCGCCCUAACCAUUAUGAGCUCAUCAACAACAUAAACUGACCCUGGAUCUGUAGUUGUGGGCCAAAAGUAAUGAGAGGAACUGAGACAGGAGCAUUAGGUGGGACUGUGGUUCAGAACGAUUCCUGUAAUCAUAUGCCUACACUUAGCUCAGUUCACUAGAACACUGUCUAGGCUUCAGCUGCAUCUGUCUGCCUCCAGCUCUCUCUGGCAGCCAGCGACUCAGGAUAUCUUGUCUCUCACUACCAUGAUGUCAUCUGAGGUGUAUGCAGGUACAAACAAUAUGCAGGCCUAGAUGGGCAGAUUAGCUAUGGGUUUACUUGAUACAGGCUAACUUGAGACUCCUACCUGCUGAAUGUUGUUUAUUUGUAAUGAUAUGUUCUGGCUUUAGGUCUAUCUGAUGAACUAGUCAGUUGUGAGACACCCAAAAUGCUUCUUGCUGGGGGUAGACAUCUGUUUGUGGUCCAAGCUAACUGUUGAUGUAAUUGCAAAUGUCAUGUAGCAUCUCUGUAUUUUCAUAAUAUAUAUAUAUAUAUAUAUAUAUUUUUUUAUGAUGAUAGGAGAGGAAUCUUGUCCCUCUGGAUCUUUAGGCCAAAUUGAUACGUUUUUUACUGUGUUGAGGCGUCUGUUACAGCCAAAAGUAAAAGCUUUGGGAAGCAGAUUUUUAUCAGGAAGUGGUCUUUGGUGAUGUAGAAGCUUAGAGCUUCAAAGAGGUUAGCCCUCAGCCAAUAUCUGGUACUGUGUACCCUGGCACAAAACCACACAAAAUGGCUUAAAGCCUCUCUCUGGUUCCUCUAAGGCUUUAAAUAUUUUAGCAGUUUACAUGCCCCCAGGCCUACCAGCACUCCCUUUGAUUUAAUGACUGAAGAGCUGAACUGUGUAUGCUCUGGUGCUGAAGUUGGGAGCCGAGCUAAACCAAGGAGAACUUUCUUUAUCAGAUUGUCAUAAUGCUUUGAUCUGUGUGAUUAGUCUGAUAAUACAGAAACCCACAUUUGAAUUGGUGUCAGAGAAUAAAGCUUCUAUCUGGCAUGACGUGCCUUUGUACUAUAAUUCUAAGUUCUUUGUUGUCAAACCCUUUAAUGAAGUAGCAUAAACGUGUCCCAAAUAAUUUUACGAAGAAGAAUAAGAUUAUUGCAAAUCAGGGACGAUAGCCUUUGUUAAAUCCAAUAGGUGAGGUGGAAAUUGGAGCGUAAACUGAUGUCUGGCCCACAUCCAUACCCACAUCCGUACAGUGGGACUGUUAGGUUAGUCAUAUCUGCCUGUUAAUCUUGAGGCUGUAUAGGCUUAAGUCUGUUACCUAGCAACCUUUAGCACUUCUAAGGCAGUAGUCCUUCCCUGUUUCCCUCUGGUUUUAAACAGAGCACGUAUUUGUAUAAAAACAGUAUCUUGUGACUGCUUUACCCACUCAGAGGGUGAAACUCCUUUUAGACAAAUGUGUGUUCUGUAAAAGGUUUGCGUGUGUGUGUGCGUGCAUGCAAGAGAGAGAGAACAAUGCUUACAGUACUUCUUGUCUGUCUUUCCUCAGAGCUGAGACCUGAGCUCUUCUCUGAGAGCCGAAGCCAGAGUUUGGACCGAGCCAUGAACCUGGGACUGGCAGAGGACCACUUCUCUCGACCUGUCGGCUCGUUUGUAGCGUUGGACAUUGAGCAGCUGAAGAUGGCCAUAGAGGAGUGUAAGAGAUUAAUCCUGGAGCUGCCUGAGCAUUCCGAGAGACAGAAGGACACUGUGGUCAAACUCAUCCACCUACGCCUCAAACUACAGGAGCUCAAGGACCCUGAAGAGGAUGAGCCAAACCUGAGGGUGCUAUUGGAGCAUCGUUUCUCCAAGGAGAAGAGCAAGAGUGUGAAACAGACGUGUGACAAGUGCAGCACUAUCAUCUGGGGCCUCAUCCAGACCUGGUACACCUGCACAGGUUGUUACUAUCGUUGCCAUAGCAAGUGCUUGAACCUCAUCAACAAGCCCUGUGUGAGGUCAAAGGUCAGCCACCAGUCAGAGUACGAGCUCAGCAUCUGCCCAGAGAUCGGGCUGGACCGGCAGGACUACCGCUGUGCCGAGUGUCGCACGCCUGUGUCACUAAGGGGCGUGCCCAGCGAGGCCAGGCAGUGUGACUACACGGGCCAGUACUACUGCAGCACCUGCCACUGGAAUGACACCGCUGUCAUCCCUGCACGCGUCCUCCACAACUGGGAGUUUGAGCCACGCAAGGUAUGUCGUUCCUCCAUGCGUUACCUGGCCCUGAUGUUACCUCGGCCUGUAUUGAAACUGAGGGAGGUCAACCCACUGCUCUUCAACUUUGUGGAGGAACUAGUGGAGAUCAGGAAGCUCCGUCAGGACAUCCUACUGAUGAAGCCCUACUUCAUCACCUGUAAGGAGGCCAUGGAGGCACGGCUCCUACUGCAGCUCCAUGAUCGCCAGCACUUUGUGGAGAACAAUGACAUGUACUCGCUGCAGGAUUUGAUUGACAUCUCCAGUGGCAGACUCAGCUGCUCUCUCACAGAGAUCCACACUACCUUUGCCAAGCACAUCAAACUGGACUGUGACCGGUGCCAAGCCAAAGGCUUUGUGUGUGAGCUGUGUAAGGAGGGAGACAUCCUGUUCCCGUUUGACAGCCACACCUCAGUGUGCCACGACUGCUCUGCUGUCUUCCACAGGGACUGUUUCUAUGACAAUUCCACAACUUGCCCGAAAUGUGCCCGGAUGACCGAACGCAAGCACGAUGAUCCGCCGUAUCUGAAAGACACGUAGCCCUGUCGAUCUAACCCUGUCACUGUGACUGACAACCUGUGGGAGUGGCCAUGGCACUUUUUCUUAUGUUGAGGACCAUCAAGACAUUUUUAUGACACAAACAUGACUAGCUUUCCCUCUUGCUCUCUCUCUAUUGUUUUGUGGGGAUGUUGUUAAGUUACUUUGUUCCAGUUCAGUGGACUACGGAAGAUGGUAGCAGGAUUCUAGAGUUUUAUAUGAUCCGGUAAUGAAGUGUUAUACUCUGAGACUGGCUGCAUUGUAUAGCCCACAGAAACGCACCCUGAGCACUAAACCAAUGUUGUACAGUAUGUGUGUUACUGUGUGAGAGUACUAUAUGGGCAUCAUGUUGCAGGCAUGAAUUGCAAUGUGGGUCACAUAACUGUCUUUACCUCUUAACAAUCUAAUAUCUUUAACUACCCUGAAGUAGGUGUUAAAUUCCAAAUUCAUCUUAACAAAUCAAUUUAACAAAACUACCAUUCACCUCCAGGCCUUAACUGGCAUUGAUAACAAGAGCCAGGUAUUUCUAGUGAGGUUAGGUCAUAGCUCUUCAAGACUUCCUCCCUGAGGGCAUGAGGUAUUUCACCCCCCUGUUGUGAAACAAUGUGUUACGUGAUGGACAAUGACACUAAAAUUGGUUUUGAUUAUUUGUUUGAACACCACAAAAUGAUCUGCCUGAAACACUUAAGAGAACAUGUGGUGUGUAUGUUAUGUCUUAGGGAACUUUAAUGCAGUACCUUUUUACAGUAGAAUUAUUGGGCAGUCAUGUAAACAAUGUCAAGAGGGUAAAGUCAAGGAGAGCUCAUUAUGAUGUGCUGAUUAACUAUAUCUUAAGUUGACAUUGUGUGCUGAAAUGUUUGGAAUUCUAAUUGAACACUGUGUGCAUUUACCCAUUGAUCAAGUCAUCUAUUUAACAGUAUUGUUGUGGGGUGUUUUGCAGCCCGCCUCAAAGUAUGGCACAUUCUUUGAGCUGACGAAUGAUACUUCUGGACACAUGAGCGUGUAAAUGUUUAUGUUGACAAAAAAUUAUUUGUUUUAAAAUAAUGCGUGUUCGGCUGUGUUAUGUAUUUCUCUACAUAAUGAUCUUGAUAACAUGCAAGUGUAAUGUUCCAUGUGUUAGUGAAAAUCCAGAUAUAAACAUGAAUUGUAAGGUCAUGUGACAUUAAGCAUGAAUAAUGUAUUCAUAAAUUCUGUUGUGAGGAGUGUUUUAGCUGACACUGUGGCAGCCUUUGCCAAUGUAGCCCUUGGCUCCAGGCCUGUGGCAGAGGCUAAUGCAAAUAUUACUAUGUACCGUGGCCAUACUAAAUGGUGUUUUGAACAGUGUACCAACAGUAAACUGCAUUUUUUUUUUAA